UCCAAAAGCUGACAGAUGAAAAAAACCUGUCGGAAUUAUGGUUCUUCUUUUCGUGAAUGGCAUUCCUGCAUCUAGUUAACACCAACUGCUUAUAAAUGUUUAUUCGGGUCAUGCAGAAUUCAGUACAAUUCGGGAUUUGGAUGAAUCAGUUGGUUCGAUGUAGAAAAAUGUGUUCAACGACCUUGAUAAUACUGGGCAUUCUUGCUGUCAUCUCAAUUGAAGUUUCUGGCACUCAAUUGCAUAGAAAACAUACUGAUGAUCCAUUACUGAUUCCAUAUCACCCAAAGCCAAGGAUGCCUUAUCCAUACCCUGCCCCAGGACCUCCUUUAUUGGGUUCUAGAUAUCCUUCGAGACACUCCAUUUUGAAAUCAGUUCCUUCCAUUAGGACCAAACCCAUCGCUAACCUAGGACCAAAACCAGGAUCAUUCAGUACCAGAUCUUCAGCUGUAGGACCAAAUGGACGUCGAAACAGUAACAAACAUGUCGUGCAACCAAAUCGACCAAAAAUUCCUGCUCAUCUGAAUCCAAAACCAGUGAUCGGCCUAAAUGGUAUUCAGCCACCAAGACCAAAUCAAGUACCAACACAAAUCGAUAUAAAACCAGUGUUUGAAAAAGGAAUGCUGCCCAAAAUGCAUGUUUACGUCAAUGCUUUUCCUCCAGAAUCAUCUCAGUCUGAAACACAAGAAUCCAAUGAUGCUACCAAAACUUCGAAUUAUGAACCACUAGGGACCUAUGCCAAAUUUUAGAGUACCAUUAUAGUAUUUUGUACGUUUUAAGAUAUAAUAAUAGUUAUUUAUAAAAUAUAAGUUUAAGUUAU